GGGGGGUUGCAGAUAGGUGUCUCUAUAGGUAAAGACAAAUCCGAUGCCCGCUAAGAAAAAGGAGUCAAAACCUGAGGAACCUGCGUUUGUAGAUGGGACGGGAUCAUUGAUCCAUGAAAAUGAAAGUGCACGCUACACUGGUGGUGUGCGUCGCUAUCCUGUCACCGCAAACACGGAUGGAGUGCGACCAUCCACACAUGCCCAAUCUAACGGCCAUAGCAAAAAUAGCACACACUCUGUCGUCUCUUCAGGUGUGGAUGGGGGCCAUGCGAAUAGUCAGACGCAUGCUGGUCGUGUAGUGCGGCACGGCCACGGCAUUUAUGCGAGCCCGCAGAUCCGCUAUGAAGGAGAAUGGGUAGAAGAUAAAAUGGAGGGGCAGGGGCACUUGUUCUUCCUACAGUCGGGAAGCUCUUACGAAGGCGGUUUCCGGGACGGCUGUUUUGACGGAAAGGGUAUCUAUUCUUGGGCAGACGGUAGCCGGUAUGAUGGAGAAUGGCGACACAAUCGCAUGCAUGGCAACGGUGUUUAUAUCGACGCCGAUGGCCAGGUGUUCAAAGGUGUCUUUUACAGUGGGGCCGGUCCAGGGCUAAAACGCAUCUAUGCCAAGACAGGCCAGACCGUUCUGGAUCCCUCUGCAUGUGCUUGUAAAUAAUUGAAGCUUUAGAACUUUGUCGAAGCAUAGCUAUGUAAAUUACUCUUAAUGCAAACAACAUACUUUCCUCCUUAGGAAAGGGGGGCGUUAUGAUUCGGAGGCCAUAAAUCCCGAGUGGUAGAUGACGAUAUUGUGUGUAUCUCUACUUGUAUGUAUUUCAAUGAUCUAGAGACCGUAAA